AUGGUGGACUUUUCGAAUAGAGAUAUCCCCCACACUCCAAGCUCUUCUCAUUCCAUAAAUCACAAUCGCCAAAGCGCGCGAGCGGUUUCUUCGCUUGAUGGGAAUGACUAUAUUCCGAAAUCGGGCACAGACUUUUCUGGAAAUGAGACCCCACUGGGGCAUGAUAACUACAAGUUUGAAAUGAAAAGCAAAUCCGUGGAUGGUACCCCUGUUCCUGAUUAUAAGAAAGAGGAUAGUCUGCCGAGAACUAAGAACCAUGAUAUUUCACAACUUGAUAUUACUGACCACAAGCAUAAAAGACCAAGGCACAAGCACAGACACAAAAUGCCUUCAGGGAAGAGAUCCUGGCGACAUUAUUGGAUAGCCUUCAAGCAGAUGGCCCGGAUGUUUCUGGCAACGCUUUACCUUUGCUAUGUUAUACUUACCAUACCUCUCAGCUUUGAAGUUGGUGGUUUAGACUGCGGACUCAGUUUCUCCUUCACCAUUCUAGUGCUCUACUUCGUGCUAGCCACAUUUAGAGUGCUUCGAUAUCAUCGAUUCCUAUCUACCUUUCUAUAUUACAUGCAGCAUCUUUUUCUACCGAGUAUACUUUCGUUGUUCUUGACGAUUUUCACAUCUGAUACGCAUUCACCGCAUAAUUUCAACUCUUCCGCGUCAUCUACUUUCUCUUCCGCCUCGUUGUCUCCAUCUGUAUCCACAUCCUUCUUCUCCAAGCUUUGGUGGAACUACAUUCUUGAAGGAUGGAAGCUUUUUUUAGUUAAUGCCACUCCGCUUUUCACAAUUUUGGAAGGGUUUUGCACGCUUCUUUCGAUUCAAGCCGUUGGUCAGGUCUCACAGUUUCUAAUCCGCCAUCGAUCUGACACUUGGUCUAUUGCGAACUUGAUAAUAAGCUCCUGCAUUUUGCUAUCAUGCCUCUACUUCGUUGUCAAGAUCUAUGUCUCACCAGAUAUUGACGUUUCUAAAGUUGGAAUGGUCACAGCAUCGCUGUUGGGCUCUGCAUUCACGUGCACUACACUAAUAGCAGUUUUUGGGGUGUCUUCUGGUAGGGCAUCGCCUUUGGAAUGCUCUCUAUUGGUGGCAUAUAUUGUUAAGUGCUCCUAUGAGCUUUUCCCAGAACUGUCCAAGAGGAAUUUUACCUCUCUGUUCAAGUUUAUCAUGGAUGAGUUCAAGAAAAUUGACUCGCAGGCCAACAGCCUGAACAGGGACUUUCUAAAAUCUGUUCAUAACGCAUUUAAAACAAACACAAAUGGUGGUCUAAUGUCUCUGCUUCAUUUGAAUGGAUCGCUUCUUGCCGGUUCUGCAAGCAAGCGUCAUCAAAUCUUGUCGCUGUUCUACGUGAAGUGUAAAGAUUUUUUUGUCAAUGUUGUCUGGCGCUUCAUAGCGGAAAACCUUCCCCGUUCUUUUGAACCAUUGUGGGAUUUCUUCAAAAUUUCGAUGAGCAAUCUAACUGCCCCCAUUUUAAUACAGCUAGCAUUCCGGAUUGGCGUUUUCUUUGCUGCAACCAAGAUCAUUCCAAUAUUACAGCCAAUUCAGCAUUAUGACUCCCCACUCUCGAGUCCUGCAAAUUCCGAAGCAUCAAGCAUAUUUCCUGUUGAUGAAAAAAGGAAAACUGAAGAGGAUACGUCGGAUGAAGAAGAGGAGCAUAAAAUAUCUCUUUCUUCUACUCUCAGUCGUGCCAGGCCACCAGAAAAUACAUCAACCUCGUUAAAGCUUCUCUACUUAUAUUCGCCUUGCAUUAUUAUUGCUAUCUACACUAAUUUGAUGAUCCAAUACAACGAUGAUCUCGACAAACAGAAUCAUUUCUGGAACUGGUUAAAAGCAACGUUGGCAUCCAACCUAGCGAAAAAGUCGGCAGGAAGUGGGCCCCUACUGCCGAAAGCUGCCGAGACAAUUGCCGGUGAAGAUGUUCAUCUAUGGCAAUUCUGGAAUUGGGUCAACAUUUUUUUGGUUCUCCUUCUUUACUUUUCGGAACUCGUAAAUCAUGAUCCUGAUGACAAUACUUUGACCGAGCAUUGGGCUUGA